CAAUAACCUUGUGAUCAUUUGUAGGGCUCGCGCAGUUUGUUUAACACUUUCUCGUCGCGAGAAACUUUCAGCUAUCGCCAAAGACACGUGUAUUUCAAUAUUCUAAUGCAGAAUUCAACACAGCCCAACGCACAGAGUAAAUAAAACGCCGCGCGUUCCUCUCCGCGCACUUAUUUGUACAACAGUCAGAAGUGCGAAUAAUUUGUCCUAAGUUGCACAUUAGCUGCAACUUGUAAAACAGGCUCUAGUCACUGCAUGGUCCUCAAAUGACAUAAAUCGUCCAAGUAAACAUCAAGUAUACUACAAGCGCGAGCAACGCAAAACGAAGCUUGCAAAGUGCCACAGGAAUCUAGGAAGCUUAGAUUCCACCUCCAACCCAAGGAUGAGCCUGUCAGACGAACAGUGGCACAGAUAAAGCCCAACAGCAAAAUUGUGAACAAAAGAAAAUAGCAUUCGAGACAUAGACGGGAGACUUGUUCCUUCGCAACUUUAGUUGUUUGUCCAUGUUGCGCGGGUGUUUGUUUGCUUUGCGAAAAAGGUUACUCUCCGUCGUGCCAGCUAACCAGUCUAUUGUUAGAGGAGGGUGGUGUGGGCGAUACACUUAUCCAAAAGUAAAUGGGUGCCGGAAAGCCCAUUAUAAGGGGCGCACUUCUCUGUCAAUCAGUCUCGUCCCAAGGCGAGGAAAGGCACAUUACCUGCAGUUCCUUAUCUAAAUAGAAAUAAGAACCGGUUUUAUCGCAAAGGGGAGGCCCUAUGUGAGAGAUAAGAGAGAAGUCUGGAUUUCAGUUUAGCAGAGGGGCAGGACAGAGGCCGCUUGGAACAGUUCACAGCGCACAAGUCUUUGAAAACAACGGACCAAGUUUAGAUUAUCGGUAAUCAAUACGAAGCUACUUAGGAAGGCGUUUUACAGGUUCUGCGGGCUUUUUAAGUACUUCACCUAUAGGCAAUAUGCGUUAACCUAGAAGGAGACCAUCGUUCUUGGAUACACUCAUAAAAGCAGGAAACUUUCCGAUACGCGACACACUUGAGGACAUCGUAAAAUUACUCUAUAUUUGAUAAUCCUAAGCGAACUCCUGCAUUCACUUGCAUAUUGUUGCUUUUAAACUCGAGUCCUGCGCAAAUUGUAAACCCAAUUUUUGGAAUGAUUUCAGCAAUAUCAAGCCCGUGGCUGACGCAGCUGUCCCAUUUUUGCGAUGUUGCAGCCUUCACGACCAGCAGCCUGAGCAGUCUCAAUACGCCCGGGAGUUAUCAUCUCUCUCCUUCGCCUGGGGAUCCCUACAGCCAUCAUGAAAGCCAGUUUGAGCCGUGCCCGGCUGCCCAGCACGGCUACAACUAUUCCGGAUCCAACCCAACACAGGCCCCGGCACAGGGAGACACCGGAACGUCCAACUGCUCCUCGUCGUCUUCAAGCUCAACGCCGAACAAAACGCUGGUCAAAAAGAACCCUAAAGUAGCCAAUAUUAAUGUACAGUUGGAAAUGAAGGCGCUCUGGGAUGAAUUUAAUCAACUUGGAACUGAAAUGAUUGUCACAAAAGCUGGGAGACGAAUGUUUCCUACAUUUCAAGUCAAAAUAUUUGGAAUGGACCCAAUGGCAGAUUACAUGCUCCUGAUGGAUUUCCUACCAGUGGAUGAUAAACGAUACAGGUAUGCCUUCCACAGUUCAUCGUGGCUGGUGGCGGGGAAGGCUGAUCCAGCGACUCCAGGAAGAGUGCACUAUCACCCCGACUCACCUGCCAAAGGAGCGCAGUGGAUGAAACAGAUCGUUUCCUUCGAUAAAUUAAAACUAACCAACAAUCUGCUGGACGACAACGGACAUAUCAUACUGAACUCAAUGCACAGAUACCAGCCCAGAUUCCAUGUGGUCUACGUGGAUCCUAGAAAAGACAGUGAGAAAUACGCCGAGGAAAAUUACAAGACAUUUGUUUUUGAGGAGACCAGAUUUACCGCCGUCACAGCGUAUCAAAACCACAGAAUAACACAACUGAAAAUAGCCAGCAAUCCGUUUGCCAAAGGCUUCAGAGACUGUGAUCCUGAGGACUGGCCCCGGAAUCACAGGCCGGGCUCUCUGCAAAUCAUGAGUGCGUUUGCUCGAACCAGGAACCCCAUGUCCUCUCCCCCGCAGCAGAAUGGCACAGAGAAAGAGGACAGCAGGCGAGAAUACGAUCGUGACCCCAGCGGCACUCCCCUCCAUUCCGACCCCGCUCACCAGCUGAUGUCCCGAGUCCUCAGCCCUGCCCUUCCAGUCCUCGGCGGCCUACACGCCGUGCCCCUCACAGCCGGCCCGCGCAGCCCACCCCACGAACUACGCCUCGACGGACACCCCCAACCACCCGACACCCUGCACCAUCAUCCGUACAAGUAUCCCACCAGUUACGAACACUAUUUGGGAGCCAAAACCAGGCCGUCCCCGUAUCCCUCACCGAGCAUUAGAGGCCACGGUUACCACCCCCACAUGAACCCAGCCACAGCCAACAUGUACUCUGCAACAAGCGCGCCGACUAAUUACGACUACGGACCCAGAUAAUGACUCAAUCGGAACACGACUGAGAGCCACAUGGGACAAAACAUUAUGGGGGGAAAACCUCGCACACACAUACCUUUGUGUCCCAGAUUCACGAAACAUGUUGAGUUGGGCACAUCUUUUGCAGUGGCUUCUAACAGAUGGAAAGUGAAGCUGCCAUAUUUAUUGAAGGGAGAAAUGUCACAAAUGUCCUUGUGGAGCAUAAGGAUGAGCUCAACAUUAGCUCUGGACGGACUCAGAAUCAGAACAAUAGCAGUGCACCUGGAAACUGCAGUGUUUGGAGUAAUGAGGAGGACAAAGACUUCUAAUGCAUUAUCACGGACUGGAACUGAACUUUUGUGUUGAAUGCACUUUUUGUUUUUGCUUUUAAAAAGCCAUAAAUUAUAUAUUACCCUUGAGCCAUCGAGCUUCUAUAGAUGGAAUAUUUGCAUGUUGCGCUGUUUUGAAGGUGCUGAAAUGCCCUGAAAUGAUUUUUUUUUUUUUUUUUUCCUGGUUGAGAAUGAAUUGUUUUUUGAAAAUGCUAGACCACCUUUAGCAGGUCCUUGAAGCUUGUAACGUGGCACUGACGUACAGCAAUUCAAAUAAAUAAAUGAACUGAAUGACUGUGCUGAACUUGUAAAAUAAACAUUAAAUAUUUUACCUUUAAACAUG